AGUGCACACGAGAUGCUCGCUCUACGGAUAAGUUUUCUGUUACUAACUCUGCCAGGCUAUCUGCAGGCUGCCAGGAUACUGGCCAUAUUUCCGUUUCCGGGGCCAUCGCAGUAUAUAAAUGUGGUACCCUAUCUAAAGGAACUGGCUGGUCGGGGUCACCAGGUGACCUCGGUUAAUGCGUUCCCGCAAAAAAAGCCAGUGGCUAACUUUAGAGAUGUUUUUAUCUCGAAGGUAUUUGAGAAUUACAAUGAAUUGGUAAACGACCUAAACGAACCCAUGAAUUUGUGGCAGGAGAACAACUUCAUUAAUAAAUUCUUUGCGGACGUUACGCGCUGUGUUCUUACCAACAAAGAGGUUACAGAAACCCUUUUGCCACCUGGAAAGGAUCACUAUGAUCUCAUCAUUGUGGAGGCUAUACGCUCGGACGCCUACUAUGGAUUUGCGGCCCACUUCAAUGCCCCUAUCAUUGGCAUCUCCACCUUUGGCACUGAUUGGAAUAUUGAUGAGCUAGUGGGCAAUGUAUCGCCUCUAUCGUAUACUCCGCUGGUAACGGCGGGUCUCACGGAUCGAAUGACUUUCGUGGAGCGUGUGUCCAACUUUGUGGAUACUUCGAUUGCCUGGCUUAACUACAAAGUGGUUCAUAUGCCAGAGCAGGAAAAGAUGUAUGCGAAAUAUUUUCCUGAGGCCUCGAAAAGGGUUCGACUCACCGAUUUGAAUAGAAACUUUUCCCUGGUAUUGCUGAAUCAGCACUUUUCGUUGAGCUUUCCGCGUCCGUACGUUCCGAACAUGAUUGAGGUUGGAGGUCUGCACAUAUCCCACAAGCCAGCUCCACUGCCCAAGGAAUUGGAGGAGUUUAUUCAGGGUUCCGGAGAGCAGGGUGUGAUCUACUUUUCGCUGGGCUCCAAUGUUCUGAGUAAGGAUCUACCGGAAGAAAGGAGAGAUCUUAUCCUGAAAACCUUCGCCAGUUUGCCACAGCGUGUGCUCUGGAAAUUCGAGGAGGACAAGUUGCCUGGCAAGCCGGCUAAUGUUUUCAUCAGCAAAUGGUUUCCUCAGCCAGAUAUCCUGGCCCAUCCGAAGGUCAAGCUCUUCAUCACCCACGGCGGAUUGCUGAGCACCAUCGAAAGCAUUCAUCACGGCAAACCCGUCCUGGGUCUGCCCUUCUUCUACGACCAAUUCCUGAACGUAAGGCGGGCCACGCAGGCAGGCUUUGGAUUGGGACUCGAUCACAAGACAAUGACACAGCAGGAACUUAAGAGGACCAUCGAGCGAUUGCUCAAGGAGCCGCAAUUUGGCCAGAUUGCCAGGCAGAUGUCGGAACGAUAUCGGGAUCAGCCAAUGAGUCCACUGGACACCGCCAUUUGGUGGACGGAAUACGUUCUGCGGCACAAAGGAGCCCAUCACAUGAGAGUGGCUGGUCAGGACUUGGGUUUCUUCGCCUACCACAGCUUGGAUGUCAUUGGAGUCCUUUUGGGCGGAGCUCUGCUGAUUGUUGCGAUCAUUGUGGUCGUCCUUUGGAAAGCUGCCAAGUCUUCAGGUUUGGGAAAUUCCAAGAAAAAGCAAAAAACCAAGUAAAGCAGAAGGUUUUUGAAACAAGGUAUUUGUGAUAUUUGUAAAUGGAACUUUGAAACUCAAGCAAUUAAAUCUAAAUAAAGGAAAUAAAAUAACCUUAGUAAGAUAAUUAAAAGUCUAGCUA